UUCUGUGGUUGGUGGGGUCGGAAAAUUCCCAACUCAUCAAUCAAAAGCACAUUUUGCUCAUUUAUGAUUUGAUGUGUUUCGGUUCACCGUCGCAGCAAAUUCAAAGGCCAAGACUCAACCUUCCGUUUUCAUCGGAAUUGCUUGGAUUAGCUUCUUCCUCCUUGCAGCCUAUCAGAACUCUAUUGUGAGAUAUUUGGAGAGAAAUGGAGCGCAACCCGAAAAAGGAAUCAGAUCCUUCACAAAAGGGACUGCUGCAGAGUGAUGAGUUAUAUCAGUAUAUCUUGGAGACUAGUGUAUAUCCCCGUGAACCGGAGCCUCUCAAGGAGCUAAGGGCUGCCACUGCCAGCCACCCAAGGUCUCAGAUGGCUACUGCACCAGAUGCAGGUCAGUUAAUGACUAUGCUGUUGAAGCUAGUAGAUGCAAAGAAGACAAUCGAAGUUGGUGUUUUCACCGGAUACUCUCUUCUCCUCACUGCUCUUACAAUUCCUGAGGAUGGCAAGAUUGUAGCAGUAGAUGUGAAUCGUGAGGCAUAUGAUCAAAUAGGGUUGCCAAUCAUAAAGAAAGCUGGUGUUCAACACAAAAUUGACUUCAUUGAAUCUGAAGCCCUACCAGUUCUUGAUAAGCUACUAGAACAUCAUGAAAAUGAAGGCAGUUUUGACUUUGCUUUCAUUGAUGCCGACAAGGUGAACUAUUGGAAUUACCAUGAGAGGCUAAUGAAGCUGUUGAAGGGGGGUAGCAUAGUUGUCUAUGAUAACACCCUCUGGGGAGGAACAGUUGUAAUGCCUGAGGAAUUGACUCCAGAAUACAUGAAACAAGGCAGACAGGCGACUAUUGAGCUUAACAAGUUACUCGCAGCCGAUGCUCGUGUCCAAAUUUCACAUGCUUCUUUGGGUGAUGGGAUCACAAUUUGCAGGAGAAUUAACUGAUUCAUGCUUGAAAGUUGAAAUCUUACGUUUCUAAGCUUGAGCAUUUGGCAAUAUUCCUAUGCUAAUGAGAUUUGAAUUAUAAGUUUUCUGAACUCAGGAGUUUUAAUGAAAUAAAUUUUUGCUGUAGUGAUCUCUG